GCUGCACUGAGCUCUACUCAGCCGAGUGAAGUAUCUCCAUACAGAAUCAGUGAUUUUAGAAUAGAUUUUGCACUCUUUGAUUUUUUUUGUAAAGGCCUUUAAUAAUGAUGAAAGGAGGAAACACGUAAAGAAGCAACGCGUCCGUGUUGGAAGCGCAUCAUCAACUUUGUAUUCUAAAGAGAGAAUUUCAGAGAAGCUCCGGUGGUUGGUGUUUUCUGAAAUCACACUGCAGACAAUCCUGUGUAGAGGAAGGAGGUGACGCAUGCAGUAGCCAAUCGCACAUAGGAAAUCUUGUGUCGCAUCAUUUAUUUUUUGGGUAGGUGAUAUGACGAUAUCCUGAAGCAGUCUACAGUGAUGAUGUGUUAACUCUGCAACAUGCCCACAAGCUGCUGUAGUAGAUCUUUAGUCAGCUUUCCAUUUGAGAUUUUGUUCUAUCGAGUAUUAUAUUGUCCUGAAAUCCAAAAUUUUUCUUUGGGACCUUCAACUCUACAGUGCUGAUGUACAAUGGCUAAAUCUGCACUUUGACACCAGCCUCCUAAAAAGUUACAAGAUACAAAAUAUUUAGAAAUGUCAGAGUCUCCUGAGAGAGACGGCCCUCUGUUGCAGCAGCAGGAGGUCGAUUCGAGCAGGGUAGGAGGCUGUGCUCCCUCCUCCAGAAUGAAUUCCUCCUCCUCCUCCUCCUCCUCCUCCUCCCCAAGCAUGACAAUGGAGGGCCACCCAAUCUGCAUUCCUUCACCCUAUGCAGACAUCGGGCACGAUUUUGCCAGCCUGCCUUUCUAUAGCCCAACCCUGCUUGGCUACAGCGGACCCCCACUUCCUGAUUGUCCCUCAGUGCAUCAGUCACUCAGCCCCACGAUCUUCUGGCCCUCUCAGAGCCACAUGGCACCGCUGGCACUGCAUCGGCCACAAUCCCACUGCCAGCAAACCCAGCCGAGCAACGGCACCUGGCAGGAGCUCACCUCUCGCAAUUAUAUGGACAAUGAGAACAGCAAACCCGUGGGGAAACGGUCAGCAGAGUGUGAGGAGAGCUUCAGUUCCUCAGAGAGCAAAACAGACAUGCAUUUCUGUGCUGUGUGCAGUGACUAUGCCUCUGGCUACCAUUACGGUGUCUGGUCCUGUGAGGGAUGCAAAGCCUUCUUUAAAAGGAGUAUCCAAGGACACAACGACUACAUCUGUCCUGCAACCAACCAGUGUACCAUUGAUAAGAAUCGGCGCAAGAGCUGCCAGGCCUGUCGGCUUCGCAAGUGUUAUGAAGUGGGGAUGAUGAAAUGCGGUAUGCGUCGGGAUCGUGGCAGCUACAAUCGUGGUGGCGCACAGCAGAGGAGAGUGGUACGCUCUCCUGCCAGAGCAGUAGUGAGCAGUCAGAGACAGCUGGAACGGAAAGCCGCACAACCUACCAGGGUAAAGGAGGUUUUUAGUUCCACACUGAGCUCAGAGGAGCUGAUAGCUCGUAUCAUGGAAGCAGAACCACCAGAGAUCUAUCUAAUGAAGGAUGUGAAAAAGCCCUUUACCGAGGCUAACGUCAUGAUGUCACUCACUAACUUGGCUGACAAAGAGCUUGUCCACAUGAUCAGUUGGGCCAAGAAAAUCCCAGGUUUUGUGGAGCUCAGUCUCUUUGACCAGGUGCACUUGUUGGAGUGUUGCUGGUUGGAAGUCCUAAUGUUAGGGCUGAUGUGGAGAUCUGUUAAUUAUCCUGGAAAGCUCAUCUUCUCCCCAGAUCUUAUCCUUAGCAGAGACGAGAGCAGCUGUGUGCAGGGCUUUUUGGAGAUCUUUGACAUGUUGCUGGCAGCUACGUCCCGAUUCAGAGAGCUGAAGUUGCAGAGAGAGGAGUAUGUUUGUCUCAAGGCCAUGAUCCUCCUUAACUCUAACAUGUGUCUGAGUUCUCCUGAGGCAGAUGAUGAUCCCCAGAGCAGGACCAAACUGAUGCAGUUGCUUGACUCUGUGACGGAUGCACUGGUCUGGGCCAUCUCGAAAAUGGGCCUAAGCUUUCAGCAGCGAUCCACCCGCCUGGCCCACCUGCUCAUGCUGCUCUCACACAUACGUCAUGUCAGCAACAAAGGUAUGGACCAUCUUCACUGCAUGAAGAUAAAAAAGGUAGUGCCUCUGUAUGACCUGCUCUUGGAAAUGCUCGAUGCUCACAUCAUGCACAGUUCACGCCUGCCCCAAUCCACUGUGGCCGUUGUGCCCAAGGAGAACCCUGGUGCACCGGAUCCCUACAGCUGCUCCUCUCAUCAGUGGGCACAGACGGUCAUGGAGGGGCCUGUAGAGCUCAGCCACAGUGUGCUCAAAAGUGACCUUAGCAUAAUGAAGACGGACUGAAACAAGAUGUUUUUACCCAGAACAACCAUGCAGCUCAAGCACAUCAUUCUGGACUUGGAGACUCAAAGAACUGGACCAAAUAGCUGUAUAAAGCCUUAAAAUAUGUGUAGCUUUAUGAAAAUAAGGAUGUGACAGAUAAUCAGUUUUGGAAGUCAUAUUUGUAUUUAGUGGUUUUACAUUUCUUGUGUAUUUCGGAGCCUUUUCUUUAUAUACAUAGGCUGAGAUCUUAUUUCUCAAUGCUGUUAGAGGACACUUUUAAGACUUUUCCACUGUGAGCAUGUUUCUGUGACACAUGUAACAAGUGUGACAUGUGUCACUCCUGCACUGUAAAAUUUUAAAUAUCAGUAUCCCACCCCCCAAUCCCACCUACCUUCAUGACAAAAAUUAUGAUUGAAUAUAAACACCGCUUUGUGCCUGUACCGAUUACCAAUUCUGAGUGCUUAUUCGCUGCAAGGUACCUUAUCAAGUGGUAAGCCAAUAGGGUCAAUUUGCCUGCAGCCAAAUACAUAAAACGCACACAAUUGUAAUGACAGGUCUUGGUUACACCAACUGAGACCAUGCAACAAAAUAACAUACUUCUUGUAUAGUAUUAUAUAGAAAACAUAGAGAUGCAUGACAAAUUCAAGGGAAAAAAAACUGUGGCUCCUCUGGCUUAGUUUGAAUCCAUUUGGCUGCACAGCAGAAAUGGUCACUGCAAGUAAAUACAAAGUACUCCUGACUAAUCAACUUUAUCCUAUGAUGAAACAUUAUUAUCCUGAUGGCUGUGGUCCAGCAUGAAAAUUCUCUGAAGCACACGGGACCUCAGAUAAUGUUAUGAUUAACAGAUUUUUUAAAAUGUCAAUCUGAUGCUUUAGCGUGCACAGUCACCGUAGCGUAACACAGUUUUUAUAUGUGUAAGACAGCACUCUGCACCACUGUGUAAAGUGAUUGUGCAGGUGACUGUUACAACAGUUAGUGCGUUUUUUUUUUUCCUUCGAUUUGUCAAACACUCUGUAUGUAUGGUUAUGCAAACAAAAUAACUAAUUCAGCACAGCUGGUUUCAUAUUUAAUAAUGAUCAAACUCUCUUAGCCAAAAAGACAAGGUAGUAGGAAAAGAGCUAACCCUGCAACCAAUGAUAUGAUGAAAUGCACUGCCAUAGUUUACACAAUUAUAUUUGCACUUGUAUCUGUAUACAGUAUGUAAAUGAUAGCAGUAUGUUGAUAGUAGUUUAGCUCAUAGCAUCCCAGUGCUUGAUCAUAGGCAGUUUAUAGCUCCAAAUAAUUUGAAUUAAAUUUAUUUUCCGAUAUUCUAGGCUGAAUUUGGUUUAUAGAGUGAUCCUGCUCCACUAUUUUUCAGCUAUUGUGCACAAAAGAAGAUUUCUGACAUUACAAACCAAUACCAAAAUAAGUACACUUAUGUAGAUUCUUUAAGGUAAUGGAGCAAUUAUAAAAGAAAAAAGGAAAUGUUCAACUAAGGUGAAUACAGAUAUAGCAAACAUUUUGCAGCACUCUUUUUAUAUUCCAAGAAAUAAUUCUCUUAAAUCUAAUUCUUGCUGCAGUGUCAGAUAUUUUGAUAAAAAUGGGACAGCUAAAAUUGCCAUUUAUUAUUAGGAUUAUUAGAAAGUUACAGCAGUAGCAUUAGAAGGCUGUAGAGGCCAUUAUAUGUAGAUAUGUGAGUUCAGUGUCAAAUGCCAUGAUGUAAAAUCCACUUAGAUUUACUGCAUUAUUUUGUAACCAAACAUGGGUUUUUAUUUAACUCAUCUGGAGACAUGAAUUAUGUAAACUGUUUUAUGAUAAGAUACCAGAUGUGUAUUCUUAAAAGAACCAAAUGAAUUGUUUUUUUUUCCUUGUUGUUUUUUUUUUUUUUACAAUAGUGUCUGUAAUCAUUUUUUAUUGGUAUUUGUUGAAUACCAUCAACAUUGCCAUUAAAUAUAGGUGUUACUGUUACUGUGGUUGAGUAGCAUCAGUGUGCUGCUAUGUAUCAUUUACAAAUCUUUUUAUAAACCAUUCAUGAAGAGGA